CCUUUUUAAAAAAAAAAAAAAAAAAAAAACUAGUGACCUGAUAUUAAGUGUAAAAGUUCUUGGUAUUCAGGUUUAGCUUGGUGUUAUCACUGCAUUACCUGGUGUGCUUCCACCAACAGUCCGUCUUAGUGGUGUCUCAGGAAAUGACAGUUUGACAGAUUGUGAUUUUAUCAUAGAACUCAGUGUAUGUUUGUGCAAGGUAGAAUCAACACAUGCAGCAUUGUCAUUACACUGUCAGCAAUCCAUAUCUUUCAUUAACCGGAACAGCCAUGGUAGAUACACAGCUGCCAAUGUGGCAAGUGAGCUUUGGGCUGAAUCCAGUGGAUAUGGCAGAGCUGGAUGACCACUCCCACUCUUUUGACAUCAAGCCCUACACGACAGUGGAUUAUUCCGGCAUUUCCAACCGGUCUUACGACUUCAGCCCGCCCGAGAGAGCCGACCUGACAGAGCUAGACUGCAAAUACGAUUUUAAAUUACAAGAAUACCAUCAUACAAGCACGAUAAAACUUGAACCACCAUCUCCACCUCAGUACUCAGACAAAAGCUUUCCAUUUACAAAACUGCAUGAGGACCCUUUGAACUCCACACUGUCCGUAGAGUGCAGAGUCUGUGCGGACAAGGCCUCAGGAUUUCACUACGGAGUCCAUGCAUGUGAAGGAUGCAAGGGCUUCUUCCGCAGAACAAUCAGGUUGAAGUUGGUAUAUGACAGAUGUGACCUAAACUGUCGCGUUCACAAGAAGAGCAGAAACAAAUGUCAGUACUGCAGGUUCCAGAAGUGUCUCAUGGUGGGCAUGUCGCACAACGCCAUACGAUUUGGCCGAAUGCCCCAGGCUGAAAAAGAGAAGCUUUUGGCAGAGAUCUCCAGCGAUAUUGACCAGAUGAAUCCCGAGUCUGCUGAUCUCAGAGUCCUUGCCAAGCACUUGUAUGACUCAUAUUUCAAGUCCUUUCCUCUCACCAAAGCCAAGGCGAGGGCCAUCUUGACGGGAAAGACAGGAGAUAAAGCCCCUUUUGUGAUUCACGAUAUGAACUCUUUGAAGGCUGGAGAGCAUUACAUCAGCUUCAAGCAGCCUCCUGUUCCAGAUCAGGGGCAGCAACAGAACAAGGACAUGGAGAUCCGGCUUUUCCAAAGCUGUCAGUUCCGCUCCGUAGAGGCAGUCCGGGAAAUCACUGAGUUUGCCAAGAGCAUCCCGGGCUUCCUCAACCUGGAUCUCAACGACCAGGUGACUCUCCUCAAGUACGGCGUCCACGAGGUGAUCUUCAGCAUGCUGGCCUCUCUCCUGAACAAGGACGGGGCCCUGGUCUCCUGCGGACAGGGCUUCAUGACCCGAGAGUUCCUCAAGAGUCUACGCAAGCCCUUCUGUGAGCUGAUGGAGCCCAAGUUUGACUUCUCUGUGAAGUUCAACGCCUUGGAGCUGGACGACAGCGACCUAGCAGUGUUCAUCUCUGUCAUCAUUCUCAGUGGAGAUCGGCCAGGUUUGGUGAAUGUAAAGCCCAUCGAGGACCUACAGGAUAACAUGCUGCAAGCUCUGGAGCUACAGCUCAAAAUGAACCACCCAGACUCCCCCCAGCUCUUUGCCAAACUGCUCCAGAAAAUGACAGACCUGCGGCAGGUCGUAACAGAACAUGUGCAGCUGCUGCAGCUCCUCAAGAAAACAGAGCUGGACAUGGACAUCCACCCGCUUCUGCAGGAAAUAAUCAAGGACUUGUACUAGAAGACUGCAUUCCGUCUCCUCGCCCACUGUCAAAAA